AUGGCUGCAACUCUGAGAAGAACGUUUCGCUAUCCGGAUGAUGAAGACGAGAGUCAUGAUCGCAGUGCCAGGCAAGAAUUGGACGAGGAAGAACAAGAUGACAUUAUUCAAAAUUUACACCAGAAAAACGAUACUGACAAUCGUUUCUACCUCACAGUAUUCACUGUUGUCCCGCUCAUUGCCGCCAUCGCCUAUAUCCCUGCACUGGUCUCGUCAUCAGUGGCCGUCGGGCAAAGACUGAUAUAUGUCGUGUGUAUAAUUUCUCUUCUGGUGACAGCGUACAUCAUGCAAAGCAGUGGUUCCCUCCAUCCAUCAAGGACAAAUAGGCGGCACGACGAUCUCCGACCUCCGUCUGUGACGAAUCCUAGGUGGUUCCCAGCAGCCUUGGACGGGAUUAACAGGAGAUGCCUUGUUUAUGCUAAUUCUGCCCUGUGUGGACUACUGGCUUUGGGGUCUUUGCUGCGUAUAGUCGAUACGCAACGUGGUAGCGUGUUAUAUCUUCUUCCUGCUGUCUUUUUGGCUAUAAUAUUCUUGGCUAGGCGCGUUACAACUGAAGUCGAUAUUGGAGAACUCGAGAAACUUCGGUACGAAUACAAAGGCGCUUAG